UGCACGGCAUAGUAAGGAAAGUACCAUCAAGAGACGAAGAAAGAAAGAAAGAAAGAAAGAAAUGGAAAAUGAUAAAACUAAGUAUGAUACGACCUGAGGUCGGAAGUGAGAAGAGCAGCAGCAGCAGCAAUAGCAACAACAGCAACAUGCAUAUCCACAGAAAAAAACCAACAAUAACCACAGCACAUUCAGUUAACGAUUAAAGCCAGCGAAAGCAUGAAAACAAACAACUGCUGAAGCAAUAAAAACACUAACAUCAAAGAAGCAUUGAAGCAAUCGUAUCAAAAACUGUGCAUUAGCCGCAUUAAUCCCACACAAGUUUUCCAUAUCCCUCUCGGGGGUGAAAUCUAAAACAAUCGGCUGUGGGCAUAGCUCCUCCCCUUCUUCGUUUACCUCCUCCUCCUCCUCGUCCUACUCCUCAAAUUAACUCAAAUUGAUAAAAGAACAAGGACGACGCCGAAUUCGACGAUGACGACAACAAUAACAACAAUAACAGGAGUUAUAACAACGAAUUGAUCAUCAUAAAAUAUAUUAAUACCAACGACCAUGCUAUGAACAUCAUAUAAAUCAACCACCGCCCACCAAACCAACAACAACAACAACAACAACAACCACACAGUAAUAAUAAUAACAAUAACAAUUAACGAAGAAAAGGAAAUAGAAGUGUCAUAUAGUCGAUGCGAAACAUAUUUUGCCGCUCCUGCAAUAAACAUUGGGUAGGUUUCAUGGUUUCGACAUUCUAAGGGGUCAAAGUAUUGUAAUACAUACAUACAUACAUACAUACAUACAUACAUACAUACAUACAUACAUACAUACAUAUAUAUAUAUAUAUAUAUAUAUAUAUAAUAUAUAUAUAUAUAUAUAUAUAUAUAUAUAUAUACACACACACAAAGUGAGAGAGACGAGAGAGGAAGACAAACGGACUCAUACACAUAUUAAACGUGUAUUUAAAAACAAGUGGCGAUGGCUCUUGCUCCUUCGUACCAGUAUUUUCCGCGAACAUUUUCUCCAAAGGUGCUAAUUCACAGCAAGGAACCUUGUACGAAUAUAAAGUCUCAACAUUUCAGCUCUUUGGGGUCUUUUCCAUCAUUUCAGAUUCUGAAAAGUUUAGCUGAAACUUCUAGGAUUACAUCAUUAGAAGCAGCUUUGGAAACGACUAAAUUUUCAACGGCAGCACCCGUAACAUCGACACAAACGACAGCACUACUAACCACAAAAACAACAGAACCAACAACAACGACUGCGUCGCUGACAACACCUCUGUUAAGUCCAUCGCUAUUAUCACCAACAACAGUAAAAACAAAAAUAACAACCAGCACAAAUGCAGCAACUUCGAGGACCUCGACAGCGACGACUUACCUGAAAACUGCAACAAUAUAUACAAUAACAACUGCAACUGCAGCAACCACCGCUACCACAACAACAACAAAUACAAAAACAGCACUAACAAUAUCCUCUUCUUCAUCAUCAGUAUCAGCCUCAUCAUCACCACCAGCACUAUCAUCCACUGUAACUUCCUCAUUAAUACCAAAAACAAUACCAAAACCAGCGACAAUAUCAGCAACAUCGUCAAUGCCGGUAAAAAUGACACAAAUAUCAGACCAGAAUAUCUCAAAUUCAACUGAAAGAGAUAAGCAAAAGACUUAUUGUCAUGCUUCUGCAGAUAUAUUACAACCAGUGGUACUCCAAGACAAACAUUCGGAGGCGUAUUUCGGUGCAUUUUCAGCAUUUGGCAAAGCAGACGAUAAGCAAGCAUCACACAACGGUUUACUCAUCUCUCAGAUUGAUGCAUCUUUUAAAUGUCUUUACUGUUGCAGUGGCCCCUCAGCUCCAAAUAGCAUCAACAAGUGUCAAAAUGACGAUAUGGUGAUGCUUGAGGUAGCUAAAUCGAAUAUACUUGAGAAACACCUCCUCUCGAAUCGGAAUCAUUCUUGGUUUGGAGGAGAUAGAAGAUAUGGACAUGAACAAACUAAUGGCGUCUAUUACCCGACCGAAUGGUGUGAAAACACGUUGCUAAAACAUCAUCCUGUUAUGGAUUUCACACCUUGCGUCCAAUUUAAAGACGAAUCGCAUCUAGUAGAGAAUAGUUCGCCAUUAACAUCGUCGUUAUCCUCUUCACCGUGCUCUGCAUCUUCAUUAACAGCAGCAUCCUCAACACCAACUUCAUCGAUGUCGCCGUCAUCGUUGUCAUUGUCACCACCAUUACCCCUACCACUAUCACUACCUCCCCUACCAGCUUCGUCGUUAUCGCCACCAUCAUUUUUAUUACCGAGACCAGCUGCAUUUUCCCCUUCAUCUUCCUUAACGCCAACUCCAUCACCAUCAUCAUUAUCUCCGCCAUCCUCAACAGCAGCAGCUUUGUUUACCACAGCGUUUUCAUCGUCACCUACUUCGUUGUUAUCAUCGUCACCAUCAUCGUUUUCAUCUUCAUUUUCAUUAUCAUCGUCGUCUGUGUCAUCACCUUCGUUCCCAUACACCGGUUACCAUUUUCAUCAUAACCAACAAGACGAUCACGAUCCGACAGUAUCAAAUACACAACCUCAGAUUACCCCAUCUGCCCAUCUACCAAGAAUUCUCUCAGUACCGCUGACAACGGGCAUUCUAGACAAUCCGCCAUCCUCGCAGAUAUCAUUACAGCCACCUCUGCAUAUAUCUUCUUUUCAAUAUCAGCCACCAUCUCCACCUGCACAUCCACAACCAUCAUUACCACCACCAUUACAGAUACCACUUCCACCAUCUCCAUCAUCACAACCAUCCAACGCAACAACAAUAAAAACACCAUCAUUAUCACAAUAUCGUCCGCCCCAGGGCGCUGUGCCACCGCCAUCAUCAAUGUGUUUCUAUAGAAGACAAUCUUUAGUUCACUACAACCGUAGACCAUUUUUGAACGGCCAUACUUCAAGCUUAGCGAAGCUGAAAAUCAAAAGGGCAAACUAUUUGAAAAGAAACGACUAUUCGAAGGGUGUUGCUGCCUUCGGCCGUUUGAACUUUUCAUCUACUGCUGGCGGCAUCGGCCCUACAACUCAGAACGGCUGCUAUGGCCAGCGGUCAACAGGUGUGAUUUACAAAGUACCAUCACAACAGCAGCAACCUUACAUUGAGAGGCGUCAAGUUCAAAGAACUCGAAACUUCCACUGCCCUUACUGUGUAAUUUCUUGCAGUAACAGGGGGCAAUUACAGGGUCAUAUCCGAAUACAUACGGGUAAGUUACUUUUCAAUUAAUUUUCGUUUCAUGCA